AAAAGUCUCCUCCCCUCUUCUUAAACCAUCCCCUCAUUCUUUCUCUCUCCCCCAAAAAAAAUCAAAAUCCCCCCCGGAAUUUCACAAAUUCCGACUCCUCCGUUCUUUUCUCCGAGCUCGGUGUUCACCUUCCUCGCAAUGGCGCCGAGCCUCAGGGACCUCCAGCUCACGCCGCUCCCCAAGUCCUCCUCCUCCGCCGGCGGAGACCUCGAGGACGUGAGGCUUUUGGAUUCGUACGAGAAAUCCGGAGAGGGAGCUGAAGAGGAGGAGGGGAUGCGGAGGGCUCAGGUUAGAGUCACGGGGAUGACGUGUGCUGCUUGCUCUAAUUCCGUCGAAGGCGCUCUCCGCUCCGUCAAUGGCGUCCUCACCGCCACCGUGGCUUUGCUUCAGAACCGCGCCGACGUCGUUUUUGAUCCCCGCUUGGUCAAGGAAGAAGAGAUAAAAGAUGCAAUUGAAGAUGCCGGGUUUGAGGCAGAGGUUAUACCUGAGCCCAUUACAAACGGUGCAAAGCAGCAUGGAACCCUGACGGGUCAGUUUUCGAUAGGAGGUAUGACAUGUGCAGCUUGUGUGAACUCUGUUGAAGGUAUUCUUAAAGGGCUCCCUGGGGUCAAGAGAGCUGUAGUAGCUUUAGCUACUUCACUAGGAGAAGUGGAGUAUGAUCCUACUGUAAUUAGUAAAGAUGACAUAGUCAAUGCCAUUGAAGAUGCUGGUUUUGACGGAUCGCUUGUACAGAGUAGUGAGCAGGAUAAAAUUAUACUGGGAGUUGCUGGCAUGUUCACUGAGAUAGAUGCACGGGUUUUAGAAGCCAUACUCAGCAACUUGAAAGGGGUGAGACAGUUUCGUCUUGACAGGAUUUCAAGAGAACUUGAAAUCCUGUUUGAUCCUGAAGUUGUCACUUCUAGAUCCUUGGUUGAUGGGAUUGAGGGGGCUAGCAAUGGGAAGUUCAAACUCCAAGUAGCAAACCCUUAUACAAGAAUGACUUGCAAAGAUGUUGAUGAAGCUGCAAAAAUGUUUCGGCUUUUCAUUUCCAGCCUGGUUCUCAGUGUUCCUGUCUUUCUCAUUCAAGUAGUUUGUCCUCACAUUCCACUUCUGUAUUCAUUAAUGCUCUGGAGAUGUGGCCCCUUCGAAAUGGGUGAUUGGUUGAAGUGGGCGUUGGUGAGUGUUGUUCAAUUUGUAAUCGGGAAGCGCUUCUACAUUGCAGCUGGAAGAGCUCUACGAAAUGGUUCCACUAAUAUGGAUGUUCUGGUUGCCCUGGGAACUUCAGCCUCUUACUUCUACUCUGUUUGUGCACUCCUAUACGGUGCAGUUACUGGAUUUUGGUCUCCCACAUACUUCGAAACAAGUGCCAUGCUAAUAACAUUUGUACUGUUGGGUAAGUAUCUGGAAUGUCUUGCAAAAGGAAAGACAUCAGAUGCUAUCAAGAAGUUGAUAGAACUUGCUCCAGCUACAGCUUUGUUGCUUGUCAAAGAUAAAGGUGGGAGAUAUGUUGGAGAAAGGGAAAUUGAUGCUCUGCUAAUUCAGCCCGGAGAUACACUGAAAGUUCUUCCUGGUACAAAAGUUCCUGCUGAUGGUACGGUUGUGUGGGGUUCAAGUUAUGUAAAUGAGAGUAUGGUCACCGGUGAAGCUAUACCUGUUUCAAAGGAAGUCAACUCAUUAGUUAUUGGGGGAACAAUAAAUUUACAUGGUGCCCUUCACAUUCAAGUUACAAAAGUUGGAUCUGAUACAGUUUUACAUCAGAUAAUUAAUUUGGUGGAGACAGCUCAAAUGUCCAAAGCUCCUAUUCAGAAAUUUGCUGAUUUUGUUGCUAGCAUCUUUGUUCCUACUGUAGUUGCAUUGUCAUUGUUGACGUUUUUGUGCUGGUACGCUGCUGGAGCCUUUGGAGCUUACCCAGACCAGUGGCUCCCCAAAAAUGGAAAUCACUUUGUUUUUGCCCUUAUGUUUUCCAUAUCAGUUGUGGUCAUUGCAUGCCCCUGUGCACUUGGCUUGGCAACACCAACUGCUGUCAUGGUUGCGACAGGGGUUGGUGCUAACAAUGGUGUGCUGAUAAAAGGAGGGGAUGCUUUGGAAAGAGCUCAAAAGGUUAACUACGUGAUAUUUGAUAAAACAGGCACCCUAACCCAAGGAAAGGCUACAGUGACUGCUGUAAAAGUUUUCACUGGAAUGGAUCGUGGAUAUUUUCUCAAGUUGGUGGCUUCUGCCGAGGCUAGCAGUGAACACCCACUGGGCAAAGCAAUAGUUGAAUAUGCACGCCAUUUUCACUUCUUUGAUGAGUCUUCUGUAACCAAUGAUGCAACAAAUCAAAGCAAGGAGCUUGUGAUCUCUGGAUGGCUUUAUGAUGUCUCAGAUUUCUUUGCUUUGCCAGGUCGAGGCAUCCAGUGUUUAAUAGAUGGAAAAAUUAUUCUGGUUGGUAAUAGAAAAUUGAUGACUGAAAGUGGGAUCGACAUUCCAACUGAUGUUGAGAACUUUGUAGUAGAAUUGGAAGAAAGUGCAAAGACAGGCAUACUCGUCGCAUAUGAAGGCAAUUUAGUUGGAGUAUUGGGGGUUGCUGACCCACUAAAAAGAGAAGCUGCCAUAGUCAUAGAGGGACUUGGUAAGAUGGGUGUCAUACCAGUUAUGGUUACAGGAGAUAAUUGGAGGACAGCACAAGCUGUUGCUAAGGAGGUUGGCAUCAAAGAUGUGCGAGCAGAGGUAAUGCCGGCUGGAAAAGCUGAUGUUGUACGUUCAUUUCAAAAAGAUGGAAGCAUAGUCGCGAUGGUUGGUGAUGGAAUCAAUGAUUCUCCUGCCCUAGCUGUUUCUGAUGUCGGUAUGGCAAUAGGAGCAGGAACAGAUAUUGCAAUUGAAGCAGCUGACUAUGUAUUGAUGAGAAAUAAUUUGGAGGAUGUGAUCACAGCCAUUGAUCUCUCAAGAAAGACCUUCACUCGUAUUCGGUUGAAUUAUGUGUUUGCCAUGGCCUACAACGUGAUAGCUAUUCCUAUUGCUGCAGGGGUUUUCUUCCCUACACUGGGGAUCAUGUUGCCGCCAUGGGUAGCCGGUGCAUGCAUGGCUAUGUCAUCUGUAAGUGUUGUAUGCUCCUCUUUGCUCCUUAGGAGAUAUAGAAAACCCCGACUGACUGCCAUACUGGAAAUAGUUGUAGAGUAGAAUGAAGAACAAAAAAGUAAAAAUUGUAGGGUUUGCAGGAACUAAAAUGGGAUAAAAGAUUCCGAGGUGGAAGUAAUCCCAGUUUUGUGAAAACGUUUUCUGUAUGAGGUGAGGUGAGGUGAUGGCGUGUAAUUUCUUUCUCGUCAUUUGUACAUUCCACUUGUAUAAUAACUCCCUCAUCAUUGUUGAUUUGUUGUUGUUCC